GCAGUUGAGGCCCCCCGGGGGUGUAAGUGGGCUGUCGAGCGCCUGAUUCCGGCCAUGGACGGGCCGCCGAGGAGUCUGCGCGGCUCCUGCCCCUUUGUGGAGGACAGCUUCAGCCGCCUGUCCUCCCAGACCAACAUCUACGGCCUGAGCGCCUUCCCCAAGCCCAAGGGCGGCUGCGACCUGCUGACGGCCACCCUGAAGGGGAAGGUCAUCUGCUUCAGGUACCACAGCCUCCGCCAGAAAAUCCGGCCGGUGGCCAAGGAGGUGCAGUUCACCUACAUCCCAGUUGAUGCAGAGAUCGUGUCUAUUGAUGCUUUCAACAAGUCACCCCCAAAGAGAGGUCUGGUCGUGGGAAUAACCUUCAUCAAGGACUCUGGGGAUAAGGCCAGUCCGUUCCUCAACAUUUACUGUGACUAUGAACCAGGCUCAGAGUACAACCUGGACUCGAUCGCACAGAGCUGUCUCAACCUAGAGCUGCAGUUCACGCCGUUCCAGCUUUGCCACGUGGAGGUUCAGGAGGGGAGUGGGCGUGAGACCGUCUUCUUGCUCAGCGGCCAUGACCACCAGAUCCACCUUUACAAAGAGAAUGAAACACUGCAUCAGUUUGAAGAGCAGCCGGUGGAAUUCUUCUUCCCAGAGUUGACAAACUUACCCAGCCACGUCCUCUGGCUGGAUGUGGUCAACAUUCCCGACUCUACCCAGCGGCUGACAGCUAUCGGUUGUCAGAACGGAUUUGUGAGAGUUUCGCACGUGGAUCAGAAAUCCAAAGUGGUUCUGCAGAGUUGGCACGUUCAACAGGACGGCCCGAUAUCCUCCGUGCUGCUCUUCCGGUUGCCGAGCGACGGCCAGGGCGAUACGAGAGGUGGCUCCACUACGGAUCCUUGCCCUGGUGAGGUUCAGGCCUGUCUGGGCAAUUAUGAUUUGCUGGUGACGUCUGCAAUCGAACUAUCAGUUGUGUACAGGGACGUGCUGAGGAAGGGUCUGGAUGACCAGGUGACACUGCCGGACAGUGACCAGUACGACAGUGUGCUUUGUGCGACGGUGGCUGACGUGGACUUUGACGGAGUAAAGGAGAUUCUCCUGGCAACGUAUGGACAGGAGCUGCUGUGCUACAAGUCGUGCCUGGGCGGUAUUCCCGACCCGGAGGCGGUGGAGUCGGGACUGGCCUCCCAGCUCCGGGGGGAAUUCCGGCUGUUGUGGCAAAGGAGUUUCCAGAGCCCCCUGCUGUCCAUGGCCUAUGUCGACCUGACCUGCGAUGGCGUCUGUGAACUCGCUGUCGAAUCCCUGAAGGGCUUGCACAUUCUGCAGCACAGUUUAACCAGCACGGCUGCCCUGGUGACAGAGAGACUCCGGUGCAGAGUUCCGCUGCUGGACAACCAGGGAUCGGGCCAGAGGGCGGAGACCGAGGCUGACGGACAUCUGCCGGAAUCUCCGGGGACCGUGACGGAGACGGAUCGGGAGCAGACAGCCGAAUGUAUUGGUUGACGUUCAACCCACUGAGCUCCCUCUGCAACUGGUUCCCCCCUCCUCCCCUUCCUUUCCCGAACCGCUGAUUCUUCCCGGGAAGUUUGGGUGGGAUGUCCUCGCUGGUCGUGAUCGAACGGGAAGGAGUGCCGGCUUGUUGGGCAUUCUGCUUCGGACAGAGCGGGGGUGGGGGGGGGGGAGACUGGGGGGUUGAUCAGUGGUGCCAUACUAAACCAUCACUCCACCUCCCCCUCCCCCAACCAGCCCUGGCUUGAGAUUCCCUCCAUCAAUCGCCUCCCCAUGACCUGCAUGGGUUUUCUCCAGGGACUCCGCUUUCCUCCCACAUUCCAAAGACGUGCUGGUUCAUCGGCUUGGUAAAAUGUUCCCUAGUUCAAACUCAAGUUACAUGUAUUGUCACAUGCACCAACUGGUUACAGUGAGAUUUGAGUUGCCGUGCAGCCAUCCAGGUUCAAAAAGAACACGGUAGAAUUAAAAAAAUAUAAAAUAAAAAGAUUUAUUAGAAGCAAAUGUACAAAAAUAAAACCAACGGCAAAUAAAA